AUGGCUGAUGCCGAUGCAGGCAACCCGAGCGAGCUCCUCGUGUGGCCGUGGACUGGCAUCAUCGCUACGAUCACCGCCGACGGCAACGCCACGAGCACCCUGGCCUCACACGCGCAACAGCACUUCGCUGGCGUCCCAACCACCAUGCUCCAAGAGGAGGCGGCGGUCAGGGCCAACCACCGCUGCCACUUCUUGCUGCUCCACUUUGGCAAGAGCUGGUCCGGCCUCAGGGACGCCAUGUCGCUCACCUUCCACUUCGCCCGCGCCGGGAGGAGCGAGUGGCAGCGGCAACGCGUUGACGACGACGGCGAUCGUGUGUUCGGCUGGGUGGCCGGGGAGGAGGACCUGCUUGGCAGUGGCGCGGUCGGGAGGUUCCUGAGGGAGUCCGGCGCCAAGGCAAGGAGCGUGGAGGACGUGCAGAAGGACAAGGCGAGGCACGCCGACGCGCUGGGCGCCGUGCAUGACGAGUACGAGAGGAGGGAGAAGUUCUUGAAAGCCCAGAGCGAGGAGAUGGCCAGGUUGCUCCAAACGAUGGAGCAGGAGAACAGCUGGCUCCUUGGUGAGCUCAAAGAGGUACAAGACGUAGCUGACAAUAAACUGCCAGAGCUGAGCCGUGGCGUCGAUGAUGAGGAGAACGAGAUGCUCAGGGCAGAGCUGGAUGCAAUCAAGGGAGAGAUCCAGUUGAGAGUGGACAGGAUCCAGGAGUUGAAGGAAUGCAGAACCGAACUGCAUUGCAGCAAAGUGGAGAAGCUUGUCAUCGAGAUCAAUUCAUUGGAAAUGGAAGAUAGAGAGGCCAAGGCAAGGGACCAUGUUCAAAUGCUUCAUGAAAAACAUAAGGAAGAGAUGGAAGCAAUAAACGCAAAAGUAGAUCAACUUGAGAAGCAGCUGGAGCAGAAGGAAGCACAAGUGUCCAGUGGACUGCAAGUGUCUGCAAUGUCUCUGUUGGACAUGAAACUAAAGACAGGAGAAAAUCUCAGGAAGGAAGAAUGCCAACAUCUUUAUAAAUUAAUGACGAUUUGGAAAGAGUGUCAAGAGCAAGAACGUCAAAGGUAUCAAAAUGCACAUGUUGACCUAACAAAGCGAGAUAGGCUGAACAGAGAUGAGCUUCAAGAGACCCGCCAAGAACUGAUUAAGUGUUUGGAGAGCCUGAUGAUCGGCGGUUGCACGGCCAUAGGGAUCAAAAGGAUGGGACAGCUUGAUGAAGAACCAUUCUACCAUGCAUGCAAGAGCAAGUACAGGGAUGACGACCCAGAGGGCAAAGCUGCAAGGUUGGUCUCCAUUUGGCAGGAGGAGCUGAAGAACGCAUUCUGGAAUCCGUUUACAGCUAUUUUGGUCGAUGGAGAAGAGAAGGACGUUGUUGAUGAAGAUGAUUCAAAACUGAGGCAGCUGUGGACUGAGUACGGUGACCAUACCUGCAACGCAGUGAAGAACGCCCUGAGAGAGCUCCAUGAGUACAAUCCUAAAGGACGGCAAGCCGUGAGUGAACUCUGGAACUUUAGGGAAGGGCGCAAGGCUACAGUGGCAGAGGUGUUGAAGUAUAUUUUUGAGCAGCUGAAGAUGAGGAAAUAG